AUGUUAGAAUUUUAUCAGAAGCACAGGCUGAGGAUUCUGAAGACAACGUAUGUCCUGCUGAUACUGACGAUGUUCAGAAGUCUUCAAGCUAGACCAAAGAGCGCGGGCGGAGAAGAUAGAUCUGAGCAGGCUCAAUUGAAGUCGCCUCGUAAUAGAAACAGCAAUCCUUUGUCUGUUCCCAAUAAUGACACCGAAUCGUCAGAAACAGGCGUCGCAACGGAGGAGGGCAGUGAAAUACAGCUGGAGGUGAAUGACGCAGCUGAAGACCAGAGGUCAGUCGCGGAGACCGUCACUGGAAGCUCAGCACGUUCGAACUUCCUUUUCAGUUUGAUAGUCAAAGACCGAAGAUGCAUGGCCCUCUUUCUAUUCCAGGCAACGCUAUUGGUGAUUCGUACUGUCUUAUCUCUCCGUGUCGCUACACUUGAUGGGAUAUUGGUGUCACGUCUGGUCAAAGCGGAAUACCGUAAAUUUGUGCAAGUCCUCCUCGGCCAGUGGAUGGUGUUAGGUGUUCCGGCCAGCGUUAUAAAUUCUUUAAUUCAUUACGUCACACGCUUGUGCGCCGUGAGUGUUAAUCGCAUUGUUUCCAAACAUCUUCUAGACAGAUAUAUGUCGUCACACCACACAUUUUACACCGUCAACAAUAUCCCACAAGGAGACAAACAGAUUGAAUCGUACACGUCAACUACGGGGAUUAGUGGUGACACCGAGGAGCUUGCCAGGUCAGAUCUGUCAGUCCAAUACUUGACGCGUGACGUCGGCGCGUUCUCCUAUAAUCUAUCUGUUCUCUUGAACCAGCUGUUGAAGCCUACAUUGGACCUGUUAUUAUGUUCUUUCAAGUUAGUUUCGAACGCGAACAAUGGUAUGAUGGGGGAAGGUACCCUAGCGCUCGGUAUUAUAGUCCACAUUAGUAAUCUUCUGUUAAAGAUGAUUCAACCGAACUUCACAAAAUUGGCUAUUCAGAGAACUCAUUUAGAGGGGAUAUUCAGGAGUUUACAUUCCAAAAUCCAUAGUAGCAGCGAGGAAAUCGCUUUAUUGAAGGGGCAGUCUACUGAGUUAUGGAAUUUGGACUACAAAUUUUAUCAGCUAGCUGUAUUCCUCAACCGAGAACUCAAGUUACACGCAAUUUAUGAUUUCGCCACAACUUUCAUUAUCAAGUAUACUUGGGGUGCAGCCGGACUGGCACUAUGUUCAAUACCCAUAUUUUUCCAGAAGCAGCAUGGUCAAGACAUAACGGCCGAAUUUAUCACUAAUCGUAGAUUGCUCUUGACGGCGUCAUCAUCUGUCGGCAGAUUUGUACAGCUGAAAAAGAGCAUUCAGCAAUUGAAGGGAGUUUCACUCAGAUUGAAACAAUUCAACGAACGCCUCGAUGUGCCUAAAGAUACGGUCGAGAACGAAACUAGUAACUCCUUGAUAGAGUAUGACAGUUCCAAGAUACAAUUUGUUAACAUCCCGCUUGUAACUCCGACACUACAAGUAUUGAUUCCCGAACUCAGCUUUGAAUUAAAACACGGCGACCAUUUACUCAUUAUUGGUCCCAAUGGGUGCGGAAAAUCUUCACUCUUUAGAGUCCUUGGAGGCCUGUGGCCAGUCAUGAGCUCAUUUACACAUCCAGAUAAGGAAUCAAAGCUUAUCAUGCCUCCUAGGCUCGCCAAUGGGGAAAAACUAGUAUUCUAUCUCCCGCAGAAACCUUUCAUGGGUAACAAAUUUACAUUUCGUGAACAAAUAAUAUACCCUGAUACCAUGGAUAGAUUUGAGGCCAGAUAUGACGGCGAUUAUGCAAAAGGUGAUCAGGAUUUGAUUAAAAUUUUGACCGUUUUAGAGCUGGAUGACCUUGUGAGCGAAAACAUGUCGCUAGUAAUGGCCUCAUCCGCAGACGGGGUCAGUAAGGAAUCAGAAGUGACAUAUCAAGAUGCAUUUGAUGUAACGCGGAAUUGGGCAGAAGAGCUUUCCAUAGGAGUUCAGCAAAGGCUGGCGAUGGCCAGAAUGUAUUACCACAAGCCAAAGUUCGCGGUACUUGAUGAAUGUACCUCUGCAGUCUCAUCACAAAUGGAGCAGAAAAUGUAUUCUCAUGCACAAGAGCUCAAUAUUUCACUGAUAUCUGUGUGUCAUAGAACAACUCUGUGGCAUUUCCAUAACUACCUCCUAAAAUUUGAUGGUAAAGGUUCCUACGAAUUCGGUCGCUUUAACCCUACAGAAAGACUGAGGGACGAAGAAAAGUUGAUGGAGCUUAACGCUCGUUUGGACAAAGAUGUUCCAUUAUGGACCCGAAGACUCGAAGAGCUGAUCAGUGCCAGAAAGUCGAAUGUUCUGAGAAAGUCUCACACUAAUUUAAGCUCCCUUAGCUCUAGGGGCAACUUACUACUAAGUCCUAAGACUUUGGGUGCAUGA